AUGGUUCAUUAUUCUAUUGAACAAUUAUCGAAAUUGGAAAAUUUGGAAACUUUGAAUCAAAUUGAGGACGAAAAUGAGUUGUUGGAAAUCGUGAAAAGUUGUUUGAAACAUGUUAUUGCUUGUAAUUUUACCGGGUAUUUGAGUGAGUUUUUGACAGGGGUUUUUGGUUGAAAAUUUGGAAUUUUGAGGGGAAAUUGGGGUCAAUUUUUGUGAAAAAUUCAUUUUGACCGAAUUUGUUUGAAUUUUUGGGAUUUUAAGUAUAAAAUUUCAAAAAUUAACUGUUUCAAAAUUUCUAUCAUUUUUUUGUAGAAAAUUAGAAAAUGAUUCACAUCGGUGUCAUAAAGAAUCAAAAUAUUUUCAGAAUUCCACGAAUCAACAUUAAUCAGCGAAGAAAAUGCAAGAAUUGAGCUAACUCGAGAUAUCAUCAGACCUUGUGUUGCUUUCGGGUAACUUUUAGUUUUUUUUGUCUUUUUCCGCUUGAAAUCCUCAUAUUUUCAGAUCUUGUUGGUCACUUUAUAUUAUCAAAUCAAUUUUGCUCGCGGAAGAUCAGAAAAUCAACCAAAACCAGCUAGAAUAUCGAUUGUUAAAAUUAUCAUUUUUGAAUUUGUGGGCUCAAGCUUUGGUUGAAAAAGAUAGUUGGAUAAUUGAAGAAGCUGAAAAAUUGAUUGCUGAAAUUAAGGAAAACUUGGAGAAAGAAGACAUUGAAAUCGAGAAGAAAACUAGGAUUUUGUUGGAAAUGGCUUCGAUUCAUUUUUUGUUUUAUCAAUAUGACAAGGCGAAUACUUUGAUCAGGUAAUUUUAUCUGGCGAAAUUUAAAAUUUCCUGAUUCCCCCUCUAAAAACGCAUAAUUCAUUCCAGCGAAGCUUCUGAAGCCUGUAAUCUAAAUGUUGAUUUAUCUGGAAUGUUAGGAAAACGAACACGAUAUCAACAAAAAGAAGUUGCUCAACUCGUUCUAAUCUAUCAAAAUAAUCAAUCAAUAAACAUUCCGAUUAUUUUGCCAUCAAAAGAUGUUCCAAUUGAUUGCAAUUUGAAUGAUGAUACUUUAUUGGAACAUGUUGAAGUUGGCAAUUCGGAAGAUUCAGAAGAAAUUGAGAAAAAAGUGGAUGGAAGACGAUUGUCAGAAAUUCAAUUGGCAUGUUUGUUGUGGGCGGCAAAACACGAAAAAGCAACACAUUUUGCUGAUUCUUUGGUGCAUGAAAGAUGUAUGCCAUUUAUUGAAACGGUAUGUUAUUGA